UGCAGAGCACAGGCUCCGGACGCGCAGGCUCAGCGGCCAUGGCUCACGGGCCCAGCCGCUCAGCGGCAUGUGGGAUCUUCCCAGACCGGGGCACAAACCUGCGUCCCCUGCAUCGGCAGGCGGACUCUCAACCACUGCGCCACCAGGGAAGCCCUAGAUGUUUCUUAAGCAUUGCCCUCAGGCUUGUUGUGAGGUGCUGACAGCACAAAGGUGACUGAGGGUGCUCUUGGGGCAGCCACAGCCCAGAGAGGAAGCACCCACAUGAGGGGAGAGGUGCACCUCAGCCUCCUCAAUAAAGCAGGCUAUUCUUAAAGAGUGAGUAGAAGUUUUCCAGGAACAGGGAUGGAGAGGGCACUCCAGAUAGAGGGCGCAGAGACAUGGAACCAGGGUGCGCGCGAGCAACUAGCGGAUUGUGAACGUGGGUCUGAGUGCUUGGCGAUGGUGCGAACAGGUGGGCAGGAGCCAGAACACCAAGCCCUUAGGUGUCUCAGGUAGGAGUCUUGAUUGAUCCUGUGGAUGCUAGGUCUGCUGACUGGUGGUAAUUGGUGGAAUGACAGAGCUGAGUUUGCCUUUAGGAAUAGUCCCCAAAAGCAGUGGGGUCAGGCAAGACCAGAGACGGGGGCACAGGAUAGGUGAGAAUGCCAGUAGCAGCAGUGCAGGAGCUUUCUUCUGGGGUUAUUAAAAAGCUGGAAAAGACAGUGACUGGUCAGAUGGAGGAGGGAGGAAGAGCGGGUUGGUGGGGAAGCAUGAGCCAGCACGGGGAGCCCUGGAGGGGAAGCGGGUUGGGUGGGUGUUCAUCAUCAGGAACACCUCAUGGCCUUGUGUGUGGGGGGCUGUGAGUGGGAGGCAGGGAGGUAAAGCAUGCUGGUGUCCUGGGGAAGGCCAAGGGCGAGGGUGCUGUAUGUGUUUCCUGUAUAAUCAGAUCGUCCUUGUAAGCAGGCGGUGACGUGACGCAGAAGCAUGGAGGCUGAGCCUUGGGCCAGGCACCCGUACUGCCCUGCCCUGAGUGGCUGUACUUUCAUGCAUGUGGAUGUGUGUGGCGUGCCCUUUUCACAUUCUCUGUCACAGAAUCCUACUGUUAUGCAUCUGUUCUUCCACACAGAUUUGACAAUUUGUCAAGUGCCCAAAAAGUCUAUCCAGACUUUGAUUGGAGUUAUGUUACAUGGGUUAACUUAGGAGGCUUUUGUCUCUUUACUCAAAAAAGUUUCAUAUCAGGAACUCCCAUAUUUUGUGUCCUUUUACCGAGUUUUAUACUUUUAAAAAAUAUGUAAAUUUAUUUCUUUAAGUUCAUCUUAGGUAGGCUAUGGUUAUUGUUGCUGUUGUGAAUAGAAUUUUCCUGAUUACAUUUUAUUUUUUUUUUUAGAUUUUUUUGAUGUGGACCAUUUUUAAAGUCUUUAUUGAAUUUGUUACAAUAUUGCUUCUGCUUUAUGUUUUGGUUUUUUGGCUGCGAGGCAUGUGGGAUCUUAGCUCCCUUACCAGGGAUCAAACCCACACCCCCUGCAUUGGAAGGCAAAGUCUUAACCACUGGACCUCCAGGGAAGUCCCUUCCUGAUUACUAUUUUUUUUUUUAACAUCUUUAUUGGAGUAUAAUUGCUUUACAAUGUUGUGUUAGUUUCUGCUGUAUAACACAGUGAAUCAGCUAUAUGUAUACACAUAUCCCCGUAUCUCCUCCCCCUUGCGUCUCCCUUCCACCGUCCCUAUCCCACCACUCUAGGUGGACACAAAGCACCGAGCUGAUCUCCCUGUGCUAUGUGGCUGCUUCCCACUAGCUACCUGAUUACAUUUUAAAUUACAGUUGGUUCUUUCAGAAAUCUGAGGAGAGAAUUGUUGUUUUUUAAAGAUUUAAUUUUAUUUAUUUUUGGCUGUGUUGGGUCUUCGUUGCUGCGCACGGGCUUUCUCUAGUUGUGAUGAGCGGGGGCUACUCCUUGUUGCAGUGCAUGGGCUUCUCCUUGUGGUGGCUUCUCUUGUUGCGGAGCACGGGCUCUAGGUGUGCGGGCUUCAGUCGUUGUAGCACAUGGGCUCAGUAGUUGUGGCUCUUGGGCUCUAGAGCGCCGGCUCAGUAGUUGUGGCUCGUGGGCUUAUUUGCUCCACGGCAUGUAGGAUCUUCCCAGACCAGGGAUCGAACCUGUGUCCCCUGCAUUGGCAGGCAGGUUCUUAACCACUGAGCCACCAGGGAAGUCCCUGAGGGGAGAGUUUUAAGAAGCGAGUGGUCACUCCUCGGCUUGUCACGAGUCAGGUGUGGCUGAAGCCGCGCUGUGGAGCAGUGCCUGGAUUCUGGCACCUGCCAUCUACUGUCACAUGGCUGUAAUGUCUGAAACCCUCUUGAUGCGCCUGGCUUACCCGUGUUGUCUUUACCACUCCCAACUUGAAUUUCUUGACCUUGUGCUCUAUUCACGUGCUACUCCUGUUCUUCUAGCUUCUUAUUUUUUUGUUCUUUAGACUCUGUUUUUCUGCAUUUUUCUUCUGCCUCUUAGAUUUUUAGCUUCUUGAGGGCAGAGAUCAGGUCUCAUCCCUCCUGAUGGUGCCCAGGGUGGCAAGCAUGUUGCUUUGAACAUGCUAGAGACUCGGCAAAUGUCUUAUUUGAUUUUCUCUAGAAAAGAAUAAAACUGUAAUAUAUUUUAAAAUAAUAUUUUUGUAUAACUGGCUUUAAAAACGUUUGGUGUUAUUUCUAGAGUAUGUUCCCAGCAUAGGAUUCUUGUGUCAGAGGUAUAGCUGUUUUAUGGUGUAGACAACAUAUAUCCUAAUUGCUACACUCACUGAAGCUUUUUAGAUCACUUUGUGAAUGCAUCUGCUUCUUGUUGCCCUGUGGGUUUUUCUUUGUUUUGUUUUGUUUCUUUGGUCUUUUGUCUUAAUAGCUGUAAGAAUUUACCUUGUCAUUUUCAUCUGUUGAAGCUAGACAUGUUAAGUGCUCUCUCUGUGCCCAGUUCUGGACUAGGGCCUGAGGGCUGGGGUCUGCUGGGUCCCCGGAAUGAGCUGUUUGAUGCAGCCAAAUACCGCGUGCUAGCCGAUCGCUUUGGCUCUCCGGCUGACAGCUGGUGGCGCCCAGAACCCACCAUGCCACCUACUUCCUGGCGGCAGCUGAAUCCUGAGAGCAUCCGGCCAGGGGGACCUGGGGGCUUAUCCCGCUCCUUGGGCCGGGAGGAAGAGGAGGAUGAGGAGGAAGAGCUAGAAGAGGGGACCAUUGAUGUCACUGAAUUUCUGUCUAUGGCCCAGCAGGACUCCCACACCCCACUCAGGGAUUCGAGGGGGGGUUCCUUUGAAAUGACAGAUGACGACAGUGCUAUUAGGGCUCUGACCCAGUUUCCGCUUCCCAAGAACCUUCUGGCCAAGGUGAUUCAGAUAGCGACAUCGUCCUCCACAGCCAAGAACCUCAUGCAGUUCCAUACUGUGGGCACCAAGACCAAGCUGUCCACCCUCACCCUACUCUGGCCCUGUCCCAUGACCUUUGUCGCCAAAGGGCGUCGCAAAGCAGAGGCAGAGAAUAAGGCGGCAGCCCUGGCUUGUAAGAAACUGAAGAGCCUGGGCCUGGUGGACCGGAACAACGAGCCGCUCACCCACGCCAUGUAUAACCUGGCCUCCUUGCGCGAGCUGGGUGAGACCCAGCGCCGGCCGUGUACCAUCCAGGUGCCUGAACCCAUCCUCCGCAAGAUAGAGACCUUCCUAAACCACUACCCCAUGGACAGUUCAUGGAUCUCCCCAGAGCUCCGGCUGCAGAGUGAUGACAUCUUGCCCUUGGGCAAGGACUCGGGGCCGCUGGGUGACCCUAUCACAGGCAAGCCCUACAUGCCCCUGUCAGAAACAGAGGAGCUGCGUCUGAGCCAGAGCCUGCUGGAGCUGUGGCGGCGGCGAGGGCCGGUCUGGCAGGAGGCCCCCCAGCUCCCUGUGGACCCUCAUCGGGACACCAUCCUCAGUGCCAUCGAGCAGCACCCGGUGGUGGUCAUCGCCGGGGACACGGGCUGUGGGAAGACCACGCGCAUCCCCCAGCUGCUGCUGGAGCGCUACGUGACCGAGGGCCGAGGUGCUCGCUGCAACGUGAUCAUCACUCAGCCGCGCCGCAUCUCGGCUGUGUCCGUGGCACAGCGGGUCAGCCACGAACUGGGCCCCUCCCUGCGCCGGAACGUGGGCUUCCAGGUGCGGUUGGAAAGCAAGCCUCCAGCCCGAGGUGGGGCUCUGCUGUUCUGUACCGUGGGCAUCCUGCUACGGAAGCUGCAGAGCAACCCCAGCCUGGAGGGCGUGAGCCAUGUAAUCGUGGACGAGGUGCACGAGCGGGACGUGAACACGGACUUCCUGCUGAUUCUGCUCAAGGGCCUGCAGCGGCUCAACCCGGCCCUGCGGCUGGUGCUCAUGAGUGCCACAGGUGAUAACGAGCGCUUCUCCCGCUACUUUGGUGGCUGCCCUGUCAUCAAGGUGCCCGGCUUCAUGUACCCUGUCAAGGAGCACUACCUGGAGGAUAUCCUGGCCAAGCUGGGCAAGCACCAGUACCCACACCGGCAUCGGCACCACGAGUCUGAGGAUGAAUGCGCUCUCGAUUUGGACCUCGUGACUGAUCUGGUUCUGCACAUUGAUGCCCGCGGGGAACCAGGUGGGAUCCUCUGCUUCCUGCCUGGGUGGCAGGAGAUCAAAGGAGUGCAGCAACGCCUCCAGGAGGCCCUGGGCAUGCAUGAGAGCAAGUACCUCAUCCUGCCAGUGCACUCCAACAUCCCCAUGAUGGACCAGAAGGCCAUAUUCCAACAGCCUCCCGUUGGCGUGCGCAAGAUUGUCUUGGCCACCAACAUUGCUGAGACCUCCAUCACAAUCAAUGACAUUGUGCACGUGGUGGACAGCGGUCUGCACAAGGAGGAACGCUACGACCUGAAGACCAAGGUGUCCUGCCUGGAGACCGUGUGGGUGUCACGAGCCAACGUGAUCCAGCGCCGGGGCCGGGCGGGCCGCUGCCAGUCAGGCUUUGCCUACCACCUGUUCCCGCGGAGCCGGCUGGAGAAGAUGGCCCCUUUCCAGGUGCCGGAGAUCCUGCGCACGCCCCUUGAGAACCUGGUGCUGCAAGCCAAGAUCCACAUGCCAGAGAAGACGGCAGUGGAGUUCCUCUCCAAGGCCGUGGACAGUCCAAACAUCAAGGCGGUGGACGAGGCCGUGAUCUUGCUCCAGGAGAUCGGGGUGCUGGACCAGCGGGAGUACCUGACCACUCUGGGGCAGCGCCUGGCCCACAUCUCCACUGACCCACGGCUGGCCAAGGCCAUAGUGUUGGCUGCCAUCUUCCGUUGCCUGCACCCGCUGCUAGUGGUCGUUUCCUGCCUCACCCGGGACCCCUUCAGCAGCAGCCUGCAGAACCGGGCGGAGGUGGACAAGGUGAAGGCACUGUUGAGCCACGACAGUGGCAGCGACCACCUGGCGUUCGUGCGGGCUGUGUCUGGCUGGGAGGAGGUGCUGCGCUGGCAGGACCGCAGCUCUCGUGAGAACUACCUGGAGGAAAACCUGCUUUAUGCGCCCAGCCUGCGCUUCAUCCACGGACUCAUCAAGCAGUUCUCAGAGAACAUUUAUGAGGCUUUCCUGGUGGGGAAGCCCUCGGACUGCACCCUGGCCUCUGCCCAGUGCAACGAGUACAGUGAGGAGGAAGAGCUGGUGAAGGGUGUGCUGAUGGCGGGUCUCUACCCCAACCUCAUCCAGGUGAGGCAGGGCAAGGUGACCCGGCAGGGCAAGUUCAAGCCCAACAGUGUCACGUAUAGGACCAAAUCCGGCAACAUCUUGCUGCACAAGUCGACCAUUAACAGGGAGGCCACACGGCUACGGAGCCGAUGGCUGACGUAUUUCAUGGCUGUUAAGUCCAACGGCAGCGUCUUUGUCCGGGACUCCUCCCAGGUGCACCCACUAGCUGUGCUGCUACUCACCGACGGGGACGUCCACAUCCGUGAUGAUGGGCGCCGGGCCACCAUCUCCCUUAGUGACAGCGACCUGCUGCGGCUGGAGGGCGACUCACGCACUGUGCGGCUGCUGCGGGAGCUGCGCCGGGCCCUGGGCCGCAUGGUGGAGCGGAGCCUGCGCAGCGAGUUGGCUGCACUGCCGCCCUGCGUGCAGGAGGAGCAUGGGCAGCUGCUUGCGCUGCUGGCGGAGCUGCUGCGCGGGCCCUGUGGCAGCUUUGAUGUGCGCAAGACAGCUGACGACUAAGCCCCGUCUCCGCUGGGGCCAUGUACAGAGUGCAAAUGUUUAUUUAAAAUAAAGUUCUAUUUAUCCCUUGUGAGCAUCGCUAUCCGCUGGGGCUCCCCAAACCAAGAGGAAGAGUGAAGGCUCAGAAGGGAGGGCCCCAAAGUCUUAGGAGAGCAAGGGGCUUAGAACCCAGCCCUCAGGAGCUUGAACCACUCAUGCGGGUUCUUGGCUUGUGCUGCUUGGCCCAGUCUAGUCGUCUUUGUCACAGCCGCGGUGGGAGGCAGUGUCCUUGCGCGUGCAGCAGGGCCCGCAGCCUGGAUCCUCUCUGGCUGGCUGUCACUUGCUAACCCAAGCAAACGGGGGAGGGAGCAGUUCCACAAGCAGCCUUAACCUUUGGUCACAGCCACAGAUUCACAGACGAGGGGCUGAGGUCAAGACUGCACGCUGCACCCCAGUCCCUCAAUGCGAGGGGACAAGCUGGGGGCUGUGGGGGCCUCGGAUGCUGAAGACGUAGACAACCAGGACGUAUACAGAAGACAGGGCCUGCGUGGUGGGACAUACGAGCUUUAUUUGUUCUGGAAAUCAUAACAACAAUCACAGAUCAACAUGGUUAACGGCUGAGCCAUAAGCAAAUGGGGAAGUACAGAAACGUUCCAGCCCCAACAGCUGCAGAAUAGAACACAGCACACAGGGCCUCUGGUCCCACCUGUCAGGGCGGCCUUCUCAGCUUCUCUGGCUUGUGGGACCCUUCAAGGGAGCUGUGCCCAAACCACCUUUCAGAACACUGACCACUCCAGCGCCCCCUAGAGUGCUCUCCGCCGGGGUCACCUCUCCCACCCCUACCUUUGGCCAACGGAGUAAAAGGACCGAGAGCUUGUUGUCCACCCCAGCAUCAACACAGGUGCAGGUACCUUUAGGCCCAGCACUGUCACCCCACUGCAUCUGGCACCCCACCUCCCACUGCGUUCUCCCAGUUUCAUCUCACCCUUUCUUGCAGACAAAACACGGAUGCCCUGAUGUCCCUGGCGCCGUUGAAGCACUGUGUGGACAGUCUCUGGCCCUGGGAGUGCUUUUUCCACAAGACCCCUGCAAUUUCUUGGUAUGUGCUUGGGGAGCUGGGGAGAUGGUGUCGAACCUCCCUGGAGAAAAUGCUACCUCAGAAAGGGAGAGCACCUGCCCAGCCCAGACACCCUCCCUCUACAUGGACUUCAAAUCUGAUCCUAGGUCAACAGCUCCCACCUUCUCAGCGCCAAGGGAUGCCAGAGGAGGAGGUGGGGAGUGUGAGGGGCCAAGUCUGCACUGCAGAAAAUGCUCUUCCAGAGGAGAAGCCUUGGAGACUCCCAGGCCAUUUCACUACAAACUGUUACGUUUUAAUCCUUUAUUAGAAACCAUGCAAACUU